UGAUGAUAUCACAACUCUCUCAUCACAACUCCCACAUCACAACUCUCACACGCCUCACUUCACCUCACUUGUGAGUAAUCUCGAACAAAAUCAUGAAGGUUACGUCCGUCGUCUUGGGCUUUGCCCCCUUUCUCCUCGUGGGGUUUUCCAGCUCAAUGGUCAUCGGUACUCCCCUGUCACUCCUGCCAGAGGUAGCUCAAGACAAUGCGACCGAUUAUGUCCUCGUCGAGCAUCUCUCACGCCGCGGCGAUAAGAAGCAAACGCACGAGGAGUUCUACAAGAACCUGAAGAAGGAACAACACCGCGACAAAAAGGCCUUCAAGAAGGCCGAGAAAAAGCGCAAGAAGAAGCACCUCCCCGAGCCUAUCGCCGAGCCCGUUGAUCCGCGUCUGCCCAACAUCACCCUGUUGAUCCAGCGCUACAUGACAUAUGAUUGCCAGGGUCCAGUCUUGGAUCCCGUGGUCAUCGAGGCGACUGCCGAGCCCGUGUGCUUUGAGUUCCCGACCCCUAACAAAUUCGGGAGCGUAAACGUCCAAGAUGGUCUGUCGGAGAUGACCUGGGGCGCGGCAGCUGGACCGGAGCGCGAUGCAAAGUGCAAGAUGGUCACGUACCGCAACCGGGUGUGCCAUUCCAAGAGGCGCAUGACAGCCUAUCCGGUAAGUUUCCCUCUCGCCUUCCCAAUUCAGCACCAUUUGAAUUGUCUCGGCUGAUCACGCCGUAUGCAACAGUUCUCCGUCGACGAAGAUUACCCCGACAACGAAAGUGGCAUCGGCACUUGUUUCCGCUCGUGGAAGUGGUCGACGGUAGGCAGCACCGGCAAGAAAGCGAAUACGUGGACCGGUUUUAUCAAG